ACCCUCACUGGUCACGCUCCCGCCCCCGCCCCCGCCUGCCGUGCGGGAAUAAGCGAGGGAAGAUUCGCCUCCGACGCGACGCCCCGACCCCGAUUCCAUUCCAUUCCCCACUCUGCCCUCUGUCCUCUCCUCUUCCUCCCUCCGACCCUCCCCCACGGCGAGCCGAUCGAGCCAGCACGGCGCGGGAGGCCGGGAUGGACCCGCCGCCGCGCUCGGAGCGCCGCCGCCGACGCGAGUACCUGCUCGCGCUCGAGGAGGAGCGGCGCAAGAUCCAGGUGUUCCAGCGGGAGCUGCCCCUCUGCCUCGAGCUCGUCACGCAGACUAUUGAGGGGAUGAGGAGCCAGGUGGACGGCGGCGGCGGCGGCGGCAGCGAGGAGACGGUCAGCGACCACGGCCCCGUGCUCGAGGAGCUCAUGCCGCUCAAGCCCAGCCUCUCCCUCUCCUCCGAGGAGCACGAGAGCGGCGCCGGCGCCGGGAAGGGAGAGGAGGCGGCCGAGACGCCGCCGCCGCCGGAGGCCAGGAAGCAGCAGGCGACGCCGGACUGGCUCCGCUCCGUGCAGCUCUGGAGCCAGGAGCCGGAGCAGCGGCCAUCGUCCCCGUCGUCCCCGCGCAAGGAGCCGCUGUGCAAGCCGGUGGCGCUGAGCGCCCGGAAGGCCGGCGGCGCGUUCCAGCCGUUCGAGAGGCAGAAGCGCGCCGAGGCGCCGGCCUCGUCGGCGACCACGGCGGCGGCGAGUUCGGCGGCGGCGGUCGUCGGGGACAGCAGCGACGGUGCGCCCGCCGACACGGACGCGGCGGAGAGGCGGCCGCGCAGCGACGACAAGGAGACGAGCGGAGACGCCAAGGACAAGGGGAGCGGUAAGAAGGGCAGCAAGGGCGGCGAAGAGGGCCAGUCGCAGGCGCAGGCGCCCGCCCGGAAGCCGCGCCGGUGCUGGGCGCCGGAGCUCCACCGCCGGUUCCUGCAGGCGCUUCGGCAGCUCGGCGGAUCCCACGUGGCGACGCCGAAGCAGAUCCGGGAGCUCAUGAAGGUCGACGGCCUCACCAACGACGAGGUCAAGAGCCAUCUGCAGAAGUAUCGACUGCACACGAGGCGGCCGAACGCGACGGCGACGGUCCAGAGCACCGGCAUCAGCGCCAGCGCCGCGCCGGCGCCGCCCGUGCCGCAGUUCAUCGUGGUGGGAGGCAUCUGGGUGCCGCCGCCGGAGUACGCGGCGGCGGCGGCGGCACAGCCAGCCGGCGGCGACGCGUCAGGAAUGACGACGACGACGACCGCCGGCACGGUGUACGCUCCGGUGGCGACGCUGCCGUCCGGAGUGCAGCGGGCGCCGCAGGGCCCGCCGAGGAAGUCGAGCGGGUGCUCCGACGGCCGGCGCAGCGGCGACGCCAGCUCGGGCUCGCCGGCCGUGUCGUCGUCGUCGCACACCACCUCCGCCUGAGCAUGCCUCGCCGCCACCUUCCCCUUCUGAUCGUGGCAAGUGUAGAUCGAUCGGACCUGACGGUACAUACAACAGAGAGUGAGAGAGAGACGUAGUAAAUCUGAGAGUGCUUUGAUUUCAUGGUGCUAGCUUAGCUUACUGCGGCUGCCUAGCUUGGAUCGCGAUCCAUGCAGGCCGCACAGCUAGAGGUUUGCUGUCUCGUGUUCUAGUUAUCUUGAUUUGAUGCAAGGCAGUGUACAGUGUUUGGAACUUCGGGUCAGUGUGAAUUCAAUCAUCUAUUGAUGGCGAGCAAA